UCAUUGAUCAGCUACAUCCUCCCUACCACCAGCAGUAACGGUUGAUCCCCGUACCUUCCCAUAUGUCCAGACUCGCGGCGCGGGCAGUUCAAGACUUCUGACCUUCCCAACAACAACUGUCAAACUUGGUGGUGAUCAUUGUAGUGUGUGAAAACCAGCUGAACAGCUUGCAGUGCCGGCACACGUUCCUUCCCGGGAUCCUUGCUACACACGCCGUUCCUUCUACGUCAAGACGUUUUGCUCCAAGACGUCUUGGAUUUAACACCUGAGCAGUUACAGCAAGGUAUCAGGUGCUCAGGUGAGCAGAAGUCACAUGCCCCACAUGCUUUGGGUUAUCCCUGGUGACAUCACAUCUUUAGCACACCUGUGAGUGAGAGUUAAGGUUUUCGUCACUUGGACGUCUGGAGUUCAGCAAGAAACUGUUGACAGAUUUGGCUGUGUCUUGAGUAAAGGAAGAACUGGUGGUUUCUUAGAGGGUCAGCUGCACUCUUCCAUUGACAACAUAUAAAAUUCUGAAGACCACUGAACUGAUGAACCUGGUAGCUGAUUUCAUGAAACAGUGGUAACACAGCAAGCCAAGACAUUGUGGAGUAACUACAAAGACCCAUGCCUGAUGAACUCCAGGUGACUACAGAAUGUGUGCUACAGUAGAUGAGCUGACUACGUCAAGAGUUCCUCUUCUGCUGUGAUCAGCCUACGCCAUGAACUUCUACUCCAAGUUCCAGGUCAGAGGGCACCGGACGCCACGGGAGGCGUCCCAGGAGACCGCCCUCAGCAUCCUCCACGAGCGCAUGGGUCUCCUGCCGGACCCAACGGUCGCGUCUGUCGACACCCUCAAACCCACGCUAAUACAGCUCGCAUUCUUCUACCUAUGGAUUACAGCAAUAAUCAUCGCAAUCGUCAGACUGUUGUAUAACAGCCGGACUUGGUUCUUUCCUGCUACGGAUGGUAUCACAGAAAAUGAGCAGGAAAGCUUCGUAGAGGUCAAAGUAUCGGAUGGCAAUGUCACGACAACACCCGAGUUAAUCACUGUUGUAGUAGAAAGCUUAAACGACAAGCAGGCCAAUAGCAGUGAAGACGGGAAAGAAGUGAUUGCCGUCAAAGAAGUCGACGUUACUUCUCAAGCAGCGAAGGAAGGUAGCGAACCGGCAACGAAAACGUUCUCAAAAGUCAAGCCUCCGCCAAAGUUGGACGACCUACUGAAGUAUCUUGUCGUGUUUGGAGGAAUUCUGUUGUACUUCUACCUGUGUGAUUACGACCACAUCUUCCCCAGACGGGAACGGACGUACUCGAGGGACCUGUUCUUGUUCCUGUGUUUCCUUCUGUUUGCUGUGGCCGGAGGUUUCACCCUCAAACCCUGCACUAGCUCAGUUCUCAACAGGGACCAGACAGAGGAGUGGAAGGGCUGGAUGCAGGUCAUGUUUGUGUGGUACCACUACUACGCAGCCAAGGAGACUUACAACUACAUCAGGGUCUUCAUCGCCUGCUACGUUUGGAUGACAGGAUUCGGUAAUUUCUCGUUCUUCUGGGUGCGGAAGGAUUAUUCCCUCUGGAGGCUACUGAAGAUGCUGUUCCGUCUCAACUUCCUGGUGGUGUGUGUCUGUGUGGUCACCAACAAUGAGUACAUGCUGUACUACAUCUGCGCCAUGCACACCUACUGGUUCCUGUCUGUCUACGCAUUCAUGCGCGUCCUGUCCUCAUGGAACCAGCACCGCUGGAAAAUGGCGGCAAAAUUCCUCGUCUACUUCGUCUGUAACACAGUCAUCUUCGACGUACCUCACGUCGGGGAAACGCUGUUCACUCUGUUCAGGUUCAUCCUGGGUUACAAGGGAGGCAUGCACGAGUGGAUGUUCCGAGCAGGACUCGACCACCAUGCGACUCUCAUAGGGAUGCUCUGCGCCUACAACUACCCGAACUACGAAAAACUUCUCAAGUAUCUAGAGAAGAAGUUUGCCGACCCAAACGAGCAGAGAUUGGCCGUGAUGAUCAAGUUCGUGCUUAGUACUGUUUUCCUUGUAGCGGCGGUGAUCUGGCAUACGUCGAUCGCGUCAAAAGAAAAGUUUGAUUACAACGCCAUCCAUCCAUACACAUCGUGGAUCCCCAUCCUAUCGUAUAUCUUCUUCAGGAACCUUUUCCCUCUGAUGAGAUCCUAUCACCUGGACUUGUUCGCUUGGCUUGGAAAAAUCACGUUAGAGACCUACAUCUCACAACUUCAUGUCUACAUGCAGGACAACGCAAGACAGCUUAUCGUUUACAUUCCAGACUACCCUCUUAUGAACUUUGUGGUUGCUACAAUCAUCUACAUGAUGAUAUCAUACAUCCUGUUCCAUCUCACAACAGAAUUCAGUGCAUAUCUUCUUCCAAAGGACUUGAAAGUUGUCCUGAAAAAAGUGACUGUUCUAACCAUACUGGUGUGCUUGGCCAUGCUUCUAGCAUUUGCCACAAGAGAAGUAGGGAUGCUAUGAUGUACAAAGGAUUUCUAAAAGAUUAUAUUUAGCUUUCUAAAAAGAGUAUUUAUUUUAUAAGCUGCUAGCCAGCUGCUGUAGCCAAUGAGAGGGCAGCAAUGCAAAUGAGGGUAUCCCAUGAUGCAUUGAGUCAUGACUUGUGCUGUGCAUUGGCAUUGUUAAAAGAAAUUAUGCUUUUAUGGUAUCUGAAAUCUGUCGUUCAAGAAGAGUUAAUAUUUUAGGUGAAUCUUGCUUGUUCAAAGUUUAACUGAAUUGUCAAAGUGUCUUUUAUUAUGUAUUAUGGAAAUGAAGAAGCUUCAUUGUUGAAUAUGAAAUAUUCUGUUUUCGAUUGGUUAUGGGUCCAUAUUCUUUGUCGUUCACAUAUGCAUUUUAUAUGAUGGCUUAAAUAUGGUUGUUAAGGAUUUAUGGCACAAUGAUGUGGUAAUGUUAGAAGUCUUUUUAAUUUUAUUGUUUUGAACAGCAGUCAUUAAUGUCAGUUUUCCAGCAAUCUACAGCAACACUUACAAUAAUGGACUUUUAGUGAAUGAAUUUAAUG